AUGCCAUUGGAGUACUGUGACUAUUCUGGAACCACCGACAAAUGCCGUAAAUGGGCUGAAGAGAACGCUCCUGACGCUCUAGAAGGCCUUGAGAUUGCUCCAGGGGCAGAGGGUGAGGAGAAGAAACAUCAGAAAAGAGGUGGAAAGGGUACAUCCAAGGUCGAGAAGAAGAAAACAGUUAUUGCGACGAAAAUUACAUUGCAAAGAGAACCUCGUGGGAAGAAGAGUGUCACUGUUAUUAGAGGAUUAGCAGGCUUUGAAAUUGAUUUGAAACAAGCGACGAAGCUGUUUGCUCAGAAAUUCGCUUGUGGUAGUUCCGUAACCGGUGCUGAUGAAAUAGUCAUCCAGGGAGAUGUGAAAGAUGAUCUUUUCGACAUGAUUCCGACCAAAUGGCCUCAGGUUCCCGAAGACAUGAUCGAUGACCUCGGAGAUAAGAAGCGAUAG